CUACUUCAACUUACUCAAAUAGUAGUGAUCCUUGUUCCUAACUUUUGCAAGUUUUUGUGAACACUAUCAAAAAUGGUGAUAUUUUUGGUCUUGCUACUUGUUUGGCUUCCUAGUGGCAGCUAUGGCCAAGAAGCUGGUGUUGGUGGCUGGGGGGCUGCACGUGCCACAUUCUAUGGUGGCCAAGACGCUUCUGGGACAUUAGGAGGAGCAUGCGGAUACGGAAACUCGGUUUUCCAAGACUAUGGAGUGCUCACAACAGCAUUAAGCACUGCACUUUUCAACAAUGGUUUCAUUUGUGGUGCAUGUUUCCAAAUAGUUUGCCACAAUGACCCUAAGUGGUGCAUCCCUGGAGCAGCCCCUAUCACCGUCACUGCAACAAACUUUUGUCCCCCAAAUGACUCCUUAUCCAACGGCCCUGGCUGGUGCAACCCCCCACUUCAACAUUUUGAUCUAUCACAGCCAGCUUUCACCAAAAUUGCUCUAUACAGAUCUGGAGUUGUUCCUGUGCUCUACAGAAGGGUGACGUGUGUGAGGAGGGGAGGGAUAAGGUUCACCAUGAAUGGCAAUCCAUACUUCAACAUGGUGUUGGUAGCGAAUGUGGGAGGUGCAGGAGAUGUGAAAGCAGUGUCAAUAAAAGGUUCAUCAACUGGGUGGCAACCAAUGUCAAGAAACUGGGGUCAGAAUUGGCAAAGCAACACAUAUUUCGUUGGCCAGAGCCUCUCCUUUGUAGUCACGACUAGUGAUGGUCGAUCAUUGACCAAUUUCAAUGUUGUACCUGCGAAUUGGAAAUUUGGACAGAGUUUUGUUGGUCGUCAGUUUUGAGUUGACUUCUUUGUCUCUGUCUGUAUGUAACCAUUGACAAAAGUUGACGUGGGUGCUUUGAGCACGAUUGUAAGAUUGAUUAUAGAUAAUAAAUGAAGUGCAUGCAUAUUUGAUAGUAU